AUGGGUAACAAGAUUAUCUCCAUGAUGAAGAAAGAUAGAAAAGAUGGAUCCAAGAGCAUGAGAAUGAAUCGUUCACAGAGAAAAUUGCUUGCCGAGGAAGAGAUGUUGCAUCGACGAGCUCUUUCCAUGGCGAUUCGUCAAACUCAGCUUUCUCAGAGAUUCGACGGAUCCAUGUCUAAACGGGUCGGGUCCACAAGCACCAGGAAACAACGCACCCUCUCUGACCCUUUUUCAAAUGCCAAGCAGUUACCAGAAUUUUCGUUAGAGGGCUUGACAGUGAAGAAAUUCAUCCUGGUGCACGGUGAAGGCUUUGGGGCAUGGUGUUGGUACAAAAUUGUUGCUUCAUUGGAAGAGUCAGGACUGUCUCCUAUUACAGUGGACCUCACUGGAUCUGGAUUCAAUAUGACCGACACAAACACUGUCUCUACCUUGGAGGAAUAUUCAAAACCACUGAUCGAGUACCUUGAAAAUCUCCCUGAAGAAGAGAAGGUUAUUCUGGUGGGCCAUAGUACUGGAGGUGCGUCCAUUUCGUACGCUUUAGAGCGUUUUCCAGAGAAAAUAUCGAAAGCUAUAUUCCUAUGUGCAACAAUGGUUUCUGAUGGCCAAAGACCCUUUGAUGUUUUCUCCGAAGAGCUUGGUUCUGCAGAGAGGUUCAUGAAAGAGUCGCAGUUCUUGAUCUACGGGAACGGAAAAGACAAGCCUCCUACAGGGUUCAUGUUUGAGAAACAACACAUGAAAGGCUUGUAUUUCAAUCAAUCACCCAACAAGGAUAUAGCAUUGGCGAUGAUCUCGAUGCGACCUGUACCACUUGGACCAAUGAUGCAGAAGGUAUCUCUGACCGCAGAAAGAUACGGGAAAGGGAGAAGAUUCUACGUUCAGACGCUGGACGACCUUGCGCUCUCACCAGACGUUCAAGAGAAGCUAGUGAGAGAGAACAGCCCCGAAGGAGUCUUCAAGAUCAAAGGAAGUGAUCAUUCUCCUUUCUUCUCAAAGCCUCAGUCUCUCCACAAGAUCCUUCUCGAGAUUGCACAGAUUCCUUAAGAAACAUCUUAACGAUUUCUUUAGAGGAGAGGAUAUUGAAAUAUAAUCUGAAUUGAGAAUACUUGGUUCAUUGGGAUCAUUUAAGUUAUUAUAACCUUUUGUAUACA